UGUCGAACUCUUUAUAACAACUGCAUUGCUGUACCCACGUGGAUAAGCUGUGGCAAAUGGAGCUAGCUAUUAUUUGUGCAGUUUGAACAUUGAUUGGCUUUGUUAAUGGCCAGUGCAUAUAGAACGUAUUUUCAGCAUCCAAAGUUUGAGGAGAUUGUGAAGAGAUUUCCAGGAAAUGAGGAACAGAUAAAACUUGCAUUUCAAGUUUACAUUGAUCUAAUUGAAGCGAGAGGCUGGUGGGACGUCGACGUGCACCACUCUGAACGGUUGCAGCUGAUGUUCGUGUCGGGGCGAGCUCGUGGACGCGACCCCAACACGCUGUUUGUACCGGUCGACGUCACCGAGGAAGUCAGCCCCGAGCAGAUACACAGUUUUUGCGAACACCUUGCGCUGCCUGGACAUACCACGCACGGCAUUACUCUGGCAAUCUGCGACAAGGAUUCAAGUACAACUUACUUCAAAGUAUCCAAUUCCCUUAUAGCACCAUCGCCUCCUGAGGUGACGGACGUACACAAACGAACGCGAGCGAAUCUGGCACAGAGCAGACGAGAUCAUUUGAAUAGCGAGAUCCGGCGUUUUUGUGAGGAGCGAACAGUCCCUGGACUACCAGGCACACAGCCUUGUGGUGCUGACUCUGGUACUAAGAGUGAAAAUGAUGCCUAGAUGUCAUUUAGUCCCUGAACUAUCAGGCACACAGCCUUGUGAUGCUGACUCUGGUACUAAGAGUGAAGAUGAUGUCUAGAUGUCAUUUAGUCCCUGAACUACCAGGCACACAGCCUUGUGACGCUGACUCUGGUACUAAGAGUAAAGAUGAUGUCUAGGUGUUCUUUACACCUCUAGUCUGUGAACUACCAACCACAGCUUUGUGACGCAGACUGUUAAUAAGAGUGAACGGGAGGUCUAAACGUGUUUUAGUGUCUACCAGACACCAAGCGUUGUGGCAAAGAUUCUGGUAACACAAUGGAACAGGAGAUCUGGAGGUCCUUUAAUCUGUGAACUACCAGACACGGAGCCUUGUGACGCAGACUUUGGUAAUAAGAGUGAACAGGAGGUCUAUAUAGAGAUCCUUUACAGCAUUAGUCUGUGAACUACCAGACACGGAGCCUUGUGACGCAGACUUUGGUAAUAAGAGUGAACAGGAAUUAUGGAGGUCCUUUAAUCUGUGAACUACCAGACACGGAGCCUUGUGACGCAGACUGUGGUAAUAAGAGUGAACAGGAGGUCUACAUAGAGAUCCUUUACAGCUUUAGUCUGUGAACUACCAGACACGGAGCCUUGUGACGCAGACUUUGGUAAUAAGAGUGAACAGGAGAUCUGGAGGUCCUUUAAUCUGUGAACUACCAGACACGGAGCCUUGUGACGCAGACUUUGGUAAUAAGAGUGAACAGGAGGUCUAUAUAGAGAUCCUUUACAGCUUUAGUCUGAGGGGCAGGAUAUAGCUCAGUGGUAGAUUGCUUGCCUGAGGGUCACAGGAUCGAACACUAACUGUGGAUUCAGUUAGUUGGGGGUUUUUUCUUCUCAUUAUCACAUUUAAUGCCCCAUGGCAUAUAUAUCAAAUGUUGUUGUAUACAUUGUCUUGUCUGUGGAACAUGUAUAUACAAGAUCCUGCGUGGCCGUAUAAGCAGGAGUUACUUGUCUCGUGGCAGCAGGUUCUGUCUAUAAUCGGGAAGGGACGUGGCCCAGUGGUAAAGAGCCCGCUUGAUGUGUGGUCGGUAUAAGAUCGUUCUCAGUUGGUGGUCCCAUUAGGCUACUUCUUGUUCCAGCCAAUGCACCACGACUGGUAUAUCAAAGACCGUGGUAUAUGCUGUUCUUUCUGUGGGAUUGUGCAUAUAAAAGAUCCCUUGCUACUAAUGGACAAAUAUAACAGGUUUCCUCUCUAAGACUAUAUGUUAACAAUUACCAAAUGUUUGACAUCCAAUAUCCGAUGACUAAUAAAUCAACAUGCUCUAGUUGUGCUAAACAAAACAAAUUUUAACUGUUUAUAAUCGAUAGACUAAUCUGAAUCUUUCUAAAAUAAUGUUACUAAACGGGCGUUAUUUAACUGUGCUGCUGGGAUCGAUCCCCGUCGGUGGCCGGCCCAUUGGGCUAUUUCUCGUUCCAGCCAGUGCACCUCGACUGGCAUAUCAAAAGCCGUCGUAUGUACUACCCUAUCUGUGUGGGAUGGUGCAUAUAAAA